GUGGUUUCCAUAUAUUUGAUCAUUUUUGAUACCGUUCCAUUGAUUCCAUUCCAGCCAUUAGAAUGAGCCCAAAAAGCAUGAACAUGUUAGUACUUCAGGGAAUACAAAUGGUCAGACAUCAGUCUCUCUCGCUCUCACUCCCUCACUCACUCUCACUCAGUCACCGACUGGUUCUGGGGAGUGGAGUUAGAUGGAAUUCAGUGGUGCUGUAGCCGAGGUCACCAGUUUGGUCUGUCUUCCUCCUACACCACUACAGAACUGACAGAAAAGCAUCCACACAAGUAGAUCUCAGACCUAACCCCUGACCUAUAAGAGAUGGAUGGAUGGGACAAGCCUGUAGGGGCCAUGAUGUCCGAAGACAAUGGCAGCACCCCCACAUCACCUCUGGUCAACCAGUCCUGUGCGGACCGGAAGUGCUAUAUGGUUCUGCAUGAGGCGGAGAAGACAGCCAUCGGCUCCAUCUGUUUCCUGGCCGGACCCUUCACUUUCCUGGAGAAUGCGUUGGUCCUGGGUGUGAUCGCCACCACCGCCACCCUACGCCAGCGUCCCUCCUACCUUUUCAUUGGCAGCCUGGCCCUGGCCGACGUCUUUGCCAGCUGCUUCUUCACCACCAGCUUCCUGGACUUCCACCUGUUCCACCGCCUUGACGGCCCCAAUGCCUACCUCUUCAAGCUGGGCGGGGUGACGAUGGCUUUCACCGGCUCGGUGGGUAGUCUUCUGUUGACUGCUCUGGACCGCUAUCUGUGUAUACAUCAGGCAUCGAGUUAUAAAGUGGUGUUGACGCGCCGCAGGGCCCUGUUGGCUCUCCUUGCCCUGUGGAGCGCCACCAUCCUCAUCUCCUUCCUCCCUCUGGUAGGCUGGAGGUGCCCCACAGGGCUCAGCCCGCCCUGCUCGCUCCUCUUCCCAUACAUCGACCACCGCUACCUGGCCUGCUGGGUCAGCUUCAUCCUGGUGCUGCUGUCACUCAUCCUGGGCGCCUACGCCCUGAUCCUGUGGAGGGCCAAUCGGCAUGAGACAUCCAUGACGGGCCACCAGGAGGCGCCUACCCGUGGUCAGGCCCGCAUGCGGCUGGACAUUCGGUUGGCACGUACCCUGGGCCUGAUUCUGCUCAUCAUGGUGGGCUGUUGGCUGCCGACCCUCUCCUUCAUGCUGGCAGACGUCUCGGUGCAGCUCACGCGAAUCCAGCAGAGGGCCUUUGCUUUCUGCAGCACCAUGUGCCUGGUCAACUCAGCCGUCAACCCACUGCUGUAUGCCCUGCGCUGCCGGGAGCUGAGGUUGGCACUGAUGCGGCUAUUGGGGGGCCUGAGUGACAGGCUGGGGUGCUGCCAGAGGCACGUAGGGGGAGACACAACCACUACCCUUCCCUUAGGCGAGAGCAACAGCUGUAGUGCUCACUCUGAGAGUGAGGCGCCCAGACUCGUUAGCUGCCGACCGAACACAGUCUCAGAAACGGUUGGCAAGCAGCAGCUGGACAUGACUGGAAUAUGAGAAGGGUUGAGAGGCUUACCAUAUAUCAGGGUUAUAGCAGUGUUGUGAACUUGUGUUUCUUCUGUUGUGUUCAUAGCGAUAAGGAGGUAAUGUCUCUAAAAUGAACUGUGACUAAAACAAAGAUAUCGACCAUGUUACCAUAAAUUGUGCCUACAAGCCAAGUCAAUCAGAGGUUGAUAGAUGUAUUUUUUUAUUUUUUUUUUACAAUGUGAAAUAUCCCAAAUGAACACCUUUGGGAAAACAACAGCAUUGUUGGGGUUGGCAGUGUAAAUGUAGAAAGCUAUGUGUAUCCUAUGCUUGUUUUCGCUUGAGUGUCUGUCCUUCAGCGUCCAGAAGAGGAUCCUGACGGGUUCCCAUCUGCACAUAAAUACCUGUCCUGAAUAGAGGCCCUGUGGGUUGUAAACAAUGUCCUCCACAUUGUGACUGCAAGCAGUGUUGAGAUCAGAGGUGUAGGAAAGGCUGAGCCUGGGUGGGUCCAAUCAGAAAAAAAGAAGUCCACUCAGAUUUUGUAUUAUUUAUUUUAAAACAUGUAUGCUUUUUUAUGCUCUUUACUUCUCAGUGUUCCAAAUGGAACAUUGUAUUUUUACCUAAAUAUGCAAACACUAUCAGAAUUCAUAGCAAGCAGUACACUGGGUUAGUCAGAUUUGAUUAAAUAUAACUGAACAGAUGACAUGGAAUGACAUCACAUGCCAAAAAGAACUGAAAGCCACACCCCCAAUGAGCAACGAAUAUGACUGCAUUGAGGCAUAUGUCACUGUGCUUUUAUGGCUACAUGCACCAUGCCACUGCCUACUUCCAUGUGUUCAUUUAGCAAACAGGACAGCUCAUAAUCCAGUGCCUUUAUCACAGUCAACACACCUAUAUGUUAGCUUUAAAAAUCCUACAUUUUCUCUCAGCUUCAUGGCAAAAUGUGUAGAAUUGCAGGAUUUUUUUUUAAAACAGCAACAUGCCAAAAUGUGUAGAAUAGCAUGAGAUUAGCUAUAAACUGCACAUUUGUCUCUGUUCCAUGGCAAAAUGUAUUAAAUAAAAUUGGGGGCCCAGACAAAUUUCUGCAGGCCCACCCAACAACAAAUUUCUGGCUACACCACUGGUCGAGAUAAGUGGGGCACAGGUCAGAAAGAUAGAGUCACACAACACAGAGACGAGAACACUUUUUUUCUAUAGAACACUACAAAUGGCAACUACAGUUCACAAGUAAUUUCUGUAGAUCGAUCACAAAACAAUCAAACACAAAGGAAGAUGUUUUGUCUUGUAGAUAGUCUAAGUAAAAUAAAAAUAACAUUUUAAUGGUUUUUGCUUACUUACGGGUCCUUUUCCAACAAUGCAGUUUCUUUUUUUAUUUGUAUUUAUUUUAUUGAUACGAGAAAUAAAUACGCAGUGAAUAACAAUAA